UCUUCUUUGUUACCUUCUUGCGUAUGUAAUUGGUCUUAUGUAUAGCACUUGGUAUUUAUCUUUCCAUGUCUAUAGGAUGACUUUCAUGUGGAGAUUCUAAUCUUUGAAAUUAUGCCUGCUAGCUUGAGUGUACGUAAGUCGUUGGCUUCUGCGAUGCAGGGCGGCCGAGAAGUAGUCGCUGUUGGUUCUAAGCUUGCGCUUCGGUGUUUAUACCCUUUUCAUUACGUAUCUUCGUUGGUACUCAUGUUUCUGAUAUCCAGUGUAAUACAGAAUGAACAAGCCAAUGUUUUUACUCAUCGAUUCAUCCCAGUGGAUGUAUUUCUGGAUGUGUACAUCGUCUUCAAAGAUACAUGAUUUAUUUCAAUAUACUGCAAGAGAAUAGAAAAAAAGAUAAGAUAGAUAGAGAAAGAGAUGUAUCGCAUCGGUGUAAUAGAAACGCUCAAGGGGGUAAAAAACGUCCGGGAGAAU